AGACAUUUCCACAGGUGCACGCGGACACUCGUGGAAUGGCAACUUCACUUCUUGGGGAGGAACCUAGGGUUGGAUCCACUCCAUUGGCUAUGUUGGCAGCAACCUGUAACAAAAUCGGAGGCUCGAGUCCUUCCUCGGACAGCGGCUCGUUUGGGAAAGCAGGUUUUCACCCAUGGAAACGUGCAGCACCCAGCAGCUGUUCUCUAUCUCCGUUCGGCGCGCAACGGAACGAUUCCUUCGGUGCCAACAGCUCCUUCUCUGUGACGGGCACUAAUACCUCCACCAGCCCGUUUGGAAACGACUACCCCGUGUUUCAGACGUCAGUCGCCAACAGUUCUCAGGACCCGAGCGCGCAGUCUGUCUUCAUCUCUAAAGUGGAGACUCUACAGGGGAUUUACCCGAGGAUGAGCGUUGCGCACCCGUACGAGACGUGGUUCAAAUCCGCGCACGCUGGAAUCUCCGCAGGGGACGUGGGCACCGGCAGCGGGUCGUCCUGGUGGGAUGUGGGAGCCGGCUGGAUUGACGUUCAAAGCGCAAACGGGGCCGCGCUCCAGACUUCUCUGCAUUCGCCCCUGGGUGGGUACAACUCAGACUAUUCCCCCCUCACUCACUCCGCGUUCAGUGCCAGCCCGUCUCCACAUCUUCUCACGGGCGGACAGCAUCUGAUGGACGGAUUCAAACCGGUGUUAUCAGCCAACUACCCGGAAACCAGCCCGUGUUCAAUAGCUGGUGCCAAUGGUGCAGUUUUAGCCCCUGCUGUACCCCUGGUUGGAUCCCCCCGCUCAUCCAACAGGCGGUACUCGGGCAGAGCGACCUGUGACUGUCCGAACUGCCAGGAGGCGGAUAGGUUGGGGCCCGCUGGGGCCAACCUGCGCAGAAAGGGGCUCCACAGUUGCCACAUUCCCGGCUGCGGAAAGGUAUACGGCAAGACCUCUCACCUCAAAGCGCAUUUGCGUUGGCACACCGGGGAGAGGCCGUUCGUCUGUAACUGGCUGUUUUGUGGCAAGCGCUUCACCCGCUCCGAUGAGCUCCAGCGGCAUUUACGCACACACACCGGGGAAAAGAGAUUCGCCUGUCCGGUGUGCAACAAGCGCUUCAUGCGCAGCGACCACCUCAGUAAACACGCGAAAACGCACAGCGCCGGCGAGCCCGGAUCUAACGGGAUAAAAAAGGGCAGUGAUACCGACAGCGAACACAGUGUGCCGGGCAGCCCAUCCUGUCAGUCCCCUGAAAUGAUCCAAACCACAGAACCCGUCCAGAACGGCGUCAGUCACUGAGCAAAACUUAUGAAAAGAUGGAACACGCAUCUCGUGGACGCACCAAAUAAUUUUGGUUUCUCUAGUUAAUAUCAUGGUUUUGUCAAAAUAGACGUCAGUUUUAUCAAUCAUGCAUUGGCAGAAAGUCCCUCUCAGGUGGUAUAAGAGAUUAUAAAUAUUUGAACUUUAAAACUGAAUAUGUAAGAAACUUGAGCUCACCUUUUUCCGUAUGCGCUCUUGUAAACACAUUCUGCAUUCCGUCACGUCUAUUGAGGCACUUUAUGAACGAACUACAAAAAUCAAGGGUUUAUUUCUCAACAACUGCACAACUGUGUUUAAUCAUUUUAUGAUUCUUAAUGUUGAAAUGUGACAAAAACAACAUCCAACCCAGUGAGUCUUUGGAGAGAUUUUAAGAAAACUUGAAAUCAUCAUUUAAGUGUCCUACGAACGAACAACGUUUGUAAAUUAUUUUAAUUUCUUUGUGCAGUUAUAACACUGAACUGAAACUUUUCUCGAUGCAAAGUAAAAGCUGUAUAUAGAAUUGUCUGGAAACCCUAUUUAUCAUCGAGUUUGAUUUGUGCUUUGAAGUCUAUCAGAGUCGCACUUUGAAUCUAUAUUUAUAAUUUUUAGGAUCGAAUCAACUCGAUCAGUCUGUUUAUCUUUUGUUUUAUUGUUAUUAUUUAAAUGAGCUUGUGCAUUUAUAUU